UAACAUUGAAUGAGCGUGUACGCAAUAUCUCGCCAUUGUCGUGUAGCCCGCUGUUCGUUGAAGUAGUUGUCAAUUCAAACAAAUUUUCAACAAUCACGAGAAAAGAAAGAAAGGAAAGCGGGUUUUCACAGAAAUACCGCACCUAAAAACAAACUACAUUAUAUAGUGACCAAUAUCAACACUUGCAGUAGAGAUCAGUAUUUGUACUGAACUAUUUGUACACUAAUUUCUUGAAGACUGAAAAAAAAAAAUUACGGAAUGAGUAUAUCGGAAUCCACAGCUGCUUUGCUGGACUCGCUUGAGUUUGCCGGUACCAUGCUGGAACGGCAUGACAUUGCGGAUUGCUCAACACCUGGUUUGUUAGAGGUUACCGGCAUACGACAGUCUGGUGUUGCGACUGCAAGUGGACUAAAUGAUUUCGAUUACCAGAAUCUAUCCAGUUUGUCGUUGGGAUUGAAAAAUUUAAAUCAGCUAUCGACCGUUAACAAGAUCCCGAUUCCGCCGGAGAUAAUGGAACACUUCAAACAUAUCAAAUGCCACUGUAUGAUGGGACUUUUCCCGGAAAUCGGUCGUGCCUGGUUGACCAUUGAUUCGGAUAUUUAUAUUUGGACUUAUGAGCAAAGCAGGGAUGUCGCCUAUUUUGACGGAUUGUCUCAUCUGAUUGUAAGCGUAGGCUUGGUGGUUCCCAAAUCGGGGGUAUUCAUCGCCGAUGUUAAAUAUUUGCUGGUACUGACCACUCCAAUAGAAAUCGUUAUACUGGGGGUAACAUUUGGUGAUUCAAAUGCUUCACCCAAUCGUUCCAUCAUGUCCUCUACCGAAGAGAUGCAGCUGCUCAAUAAACCUAUAUUUGUGCUCAAUACAGAUAAUGUUGCAAUUACCUGUAUCGAAGGGAAUACUGACGGACGAAUUUUUCUGGGUGGUCGAGAUGGUUGUUUGUAUGAGAUUUCCUAUCAAGCGGAAUCGAAUUGGUUUGGAAAGCGUUGCAAGAAGGUUAAUCACUCGCAAGGACUUAUGUCACAUUUAGUCCCGGGAAUUUUUAAGGUUUUCUCGGAGAACGAUUCGAUUUCUAAAAUUAUUAUCGAUAACUCGCGCAGAUUACUGUACACUCUAACUGAGCGAGGAGCUAUAGAAGCGUGGGAUAUUGGAACGGACGCCAAUUCUGUGAGACGCAUCGCAAGGAUUUCGCAAAAUGAUAUCGCUUCUAGUGCGGCCAAUAUUUUACGAACUAUUGAACCGUCAAUUUUCAAACCUGUUACCGCAUUGUGUCCACUCUCGCUGGAAGAUUCCCCCCAGUUUCAUUUGAUUGCCAUAACUCAAACCGGUGUACGAUUUUAUUUCUCCACCGUUCCGGUGCUGUACGGUAUUCAACAGCAGCAACAGCAACAACAACCAGGGACACCAACAUUUGAACAGCGUCCGCAAGGCCUCUACUUGUUGCAUGUUCGGCUUCCUCCUGGAUACACUCCGAACACAACCGUCGGUAAACCGAAACAAGUGCAUUCUGCUUUUUACAGUCAAGGAUCUCUAUUAAUGGUGUCGACUCCGCAAGCCGAUCAAGAUCUGCUCUGGUCGCUUAGUUCAGAACCUUUCCCAUCCAGGCAGAACCUUGUGGAAUCGUCGACUGUAAUGACCAUGGAUGGACAGGUAUGGGCCAUAGCGGAAGUGAAGCCCAAAGAUAAAGUGACCGUUGAUACGCCUCUUAGAGCUGCUCAAGUUCCCAAUAAAGUCGCACUGCUAACGAAUCAAGGUGUUCACAUUGUGUCUCUGCUGAAAUCGGUAGACAUUCUACAGCAACUGUUGCUUGCUUGUCACGGUCCGCACAACGAAGCAGUGAAGGCCUACUUUCAGGUGCAAACAGAACCCCAAGCAUGUGCCACUAGUUUACUGUUGGCUUGUAUUGAAACAUUCAAAGGGACAGAACUUGGAGAUUGGGCCGCACAGGCCUUUAUUCUGUACGGUGGGGAACCUUUCUUUGAGGUUGGAGCUUACAUGGGUGCUCAUUCUACCGUGACAAGACCACUGAGUUUCAAUUCGCCGACAAGUGGUUUCGUAGAAUCACAACCAGGUGGACCACGGAUGUACAUGUCAACGCCGUUUUCCGUUGCAAGGCCUGUUUCGUCCGUUCAACAGAGUAUGAUGCACCAAAGCCAGUUUCCCGGUAGUUCAAUGUCUCCGCAAAUGAAUCACAGUUUCAAUAACAACCUACCCAUAACAGCUGAAUCACCAAAUUUCCAUUAUUCCGCCAAACAUGCUGGUCUCUAUCUGCACAUGUCCCGCCUGUUGCGGUCCAUUUGGAAGAAGCGAUGCAUUGACGAAAAGCUACAUACCACUAUCAGCCAACAGGAUUGUGCUCAAAUUUUGGAGGAUUUGUAUGCCAUCAAGCGGUUUCUAGAGUCCAUCACAUUGACUAAUCUUGUCGGUCUGGUUGGCAAGAACGCACCGAGUUCUGGUGCCGUGGGGUGUCCACCGGGCGGAUAUCUUCAACAGCAGCAGCAGCAACAGCACCAACACCAGCAAUCCAUGUCAUCGUUGUCUUCUGGGAUGCCGGGCUCCUACGGUCAAUCGAAUUAUGGAAGCCAAAAUAUGUUUGGCGGAGCGACGGGUCAACAGAAAAACACAGCCGAGGAAGCUUUAAUUGAAGAGAAAAAAUCUUUGGAUGCGUUGAUUCGUUUGAUCAAACACUCAUGUGAAGUGUUGGCGUUGUGGAAGAUUCUCUGUGAGCAUCAGUGUCAUCUGUUGGUAUCCAAGCUAAGCAAGGAACAACAAUCCGCCUUACAGUCGUGCACCUUUCGGGAUCUUAUUCUGUCGCGUUCGGAUCUGUGCGGAUUGUUGAUAGUAACACUAAUCAACUCCUACUUGAACGACAAUGCUAGUGUGGGCUCGAUUUCAUUUAAAUUGCGCGAGGUUUGUCCAAAUUUAUACCGCCAUGAGGAUGCUGUAUCGCACAAGGCAGCUGAAAUUUUGCUACUCUCCAAGAGCUGUAACGAUCCUGACGAGAAGGACGAACGUCUCAAAACUGCACUGCAGUUGUGUAAAAGUGCUGCUCCAAGUUUGCCAUUGUCCUCCAUUUGUCAGCAAUUCACCAAUGCAGGAUUUUACACCGGUGUCAUUGAGCUCUGCUCAAUUUGUGCCGCAAAAAGUGAUCCAAACGAAGCGGCUUUACAUUUCUAUCGAAACAACGAACCCGUGGAAGAUCAAGAAGGUUUUAUGGCGUUUCAAAGCCGAAUGAAUUGUUACAAAGAGGUGAAGCUUAUGCUGGAACAUGUAUACUCCAAUGUGUGCAAUAGCAAAACGAGCAGCAUAUACCCCUCGCUGGAGAGCGUCGAUAGGGAUAAAUUGGCAAACACUCAGCUGAUUUCAAUCAUCAACUUAUCUUUGCAAUGUACGGAUCAAUUGCUGCAUAUCGCCGUGUACGAGUGGCUAUUGUCGCGCAACCUUCUGGGAGAAUUGCUGGAAAUAGGAGAGCCAUCGUUGGGAGCUUUCCUCGGACGAGCAGUGAACCGAACUCCGGACAACCUGGUACUCGCCGAUUUGUUGUGGAAGUAUCACGAACGAAAUGGCCAGCACGCGGCUGCUGCGAAAAUUCUCGACAAGUUAGCAAACAUCCCAAGUGAAUCGAUGUCCUUGCAGCAACGAAUCGAGUAUCUGGCACGUGCCGUCAUGUGUAUGCGUAGUGACACCGUUGGUUAUUCGGCUCAUAAUGGUGUUUUGCUGAAGGACCUAGAGGACAAGUUGGAGGUAGCCCAAAUUCAGAAGCAGAUAUUUGAUGCUAUGUCCAUCAUUCCCGAUAAAAACUUGACUCAAGCGGCCCUACGAAUGCUCAAUUCCACUCUGUACAAUCUAACCCAGUUGUACUCGGAUUUUGCCGAACGUUUCGAACUGUGGGAGAGUAAACUUACCAUUCUGAACUGCUCGCAUCACAACGAUCCGCUGUUGAUCGAAUCCGUUUGGACGAGGAUUUUGGACAAAGAACUGGAGAUGCCGGACAGUAAUACCGAACGCUGCCGCAAAUUGCUAUCCAAAGUAAAAAGCUUAGCACUGGAAUAUGAAAGCUCUGGUCAUUGCUUUCCGUUGUCGUUUAUUGUUAGGGAACUAGAACUUAGAUGCUUCCGCUUGAAACUUUUUGACUCACCUGUUCCGGAAGCGUUAAUCGAGAUGAAUUUAGACAUCGAUGCAUUGUUGAAUAUUUACUCACGACUCAUCUCUAUGAACGAGCGCGUGUGGGUCACGGAUGAAGACGAGCUCUAUCUUGUUCGUUCAACGGCGAAACUACUGUCUAUAAUCGCCUCUCAGCCGAAUUUGGUUCCCCUGAAAGAUCGUCGAAAAGUUAUUGCCAAAUCGCAGGACCUAAUAUCGGCUUGUUUAAGUAUACUCUACACCAAACCGGACGGUCAGGCACACGUGGAUAACCUGCGCGAAACGCAAUCCAAACUGAAUCGAAUCCAUUGCUAACAGACGGUUCGAUUUUCAACGAGCCUAUGACAACUGUAGUGCGAUGUUCCGCUACAGCGUUUACUGCUGUGUCCUUUAAAUUUAGGCGCUAGUUCUCGUCAUAAAAUGUUUGUUUGAAGCCAUUACAAAAUAUUGUAUAUGUUGCGCAUAGUGAUUUGUUCAGAAUGAAAGUAUAUAAAUAAA